UUUUUCAUAAAAUAGAGUGCACGUGUUGAAAUUAUUAGAAUUUUUAAAGAAAAACAUAAAAAUUAAAGAAUUUUGCUAAAAAAAUUUAAGAAAAAUGAGUAAAAAGGGUAAAGGAGGUAAUAAUUUAGGGCGUACACUAAUAAAAGAUCGUUUUGGUCAUACGCCCCGUAGAAAAGUAGACAAUGAUUCUAUGUUGCACACCACUGAAAUCCAAGAUGGUUAUGACUGGGGUCGUUUGAAUUUAAGUUCGGUGACAGAGGAAUCAUCUUUCCAGGAAUUUUUACGUACCGCCGAAUUGGCUGGCACAGAGUUUCAGGCUGAAAAGUUAAAUAUAGCUUUCAUUAAUCCCAAACAGGGUGUAGGCCUCCUAUCACGCAAUGAACAAAUGCAAAUAGAGAAAAAACACAAGGAUAAUAAGGAUUUAUUGAAAAUUCCACGCCGUCCCAAAUGGUCAGCAGAAACAGCAGCCGAUGAAUUGCAGAGAAUGGAAAGGGAAAGUUUUUUGGAUUGGCGUCGUAAUUUGGCUUUACUGCAGGAGGAUGAAGAAAUUAUCAUGACUCCUUAUGAGAAGAAUUUGGAAUUUUGGCGUCAAUUAUGGCGUGUAGUGGAAAGAUCAGAUGUAGUGGUUCAAAUAGUAGAUGCACGUAAUCCUUUACUUUUCAGAAGUGAGGAUUUAGAGAAAUAUGUUAAAGAAGUUAAUGCCAAUAAAAUGAAUAUGAUUUUAGUUAACAAAUCAGAUUUGUUAACUGAAAAACAAAGGCAAUAUUGGGCAGAAUACUUUGAUGAACAAGGCAUAAGAACGGCAUUUUUCUCGGCAGCUUUGGCUACCGAAGAGUUAAAAAAGGCGGCAGAAAAUAAAGAAGAGAAACCAGUUAAGACAGAGCUGAAGCUAAAGAAACAACAAGAAAACGAGGAAGAAGAACUUAAAAAGGACUCAGAAGAAGAUAGCGAAGACGAAGAGGAGCAAGAAGAUUUAGAAGAACAACCUGAGGACAUUUCUUUAAAAGAACUAAAAAAGGCAGCCAAUGAUAUCAAUAACACCUUAGACAAACUAGAAGAUAAACUGCAUGAAAUUGAAAAGAAAUUACCCACGCCCCAAGAAGAAAAAGCCCAGGCACAGUUUAUUAAAAACAGUGCCAAACUCUUGAGCAGAGAAGAACUUAUAAGAUUAUUUAAGACCGUUUAUCAGGGUACUACCUAUACGGAUAAAGUAACCACCAUAGGUUUGGUGGGCUAUCCCAAUGUGGGUAAAAGUAGUACCAUUAAUGCUUUAAUGAUAGAGAAAAAAGUUUCAGUGUCCGCCACACCGGGUAAAACUAAACAUUUCCAAACUUUAUAUUUAGAUCAAGAUCUAUUAUUGUGUGAUUGUCCUGGUUUAGUAAUGCCCAGUUUUGUUUUAACCAAAGCUGAUAUGAUAUUAAAUGGUAUAUUACCCAUAGAUCAGAUGCGUGAUCAUGUGCCGCCAGUUAAUCUAUUAUGUUCCCGCAUUCCUAGACACAUUUUAGAAGAUAAAUAUGGUAUUAUUAUAACCAAACCCAUAGAGGGUGAAGAUCCCAAUAGAUGUCCUCAUUCUGAAGAACUUUUAUUAGCUUAUGGCUAUAAUCGUGGUUUCAUGACCUCUAAUGGUCAACCGGAUCAAUCUCGUUCGGCUCGUUAUGUUUUAAAGGAUUAUGUCAAUGGUAAACUGUUAUAUUGUGUAGCUCCACCUACAGUGCCCCAAGAAGAAUAUCAUCAAUUUCCUGAGAGAUCACGUAAAAUCAUAGAGGAAAAAUCUCUACCCGAUCAACAACAAAGAGCCAUGAGAAUUAACAAAAACACCACUUCUAAAGAUUUAGACAAACAAUUCUUCGUCCAACAAACUGGUGCUGCUCACAUCAAGGGACGCACUCAUUUUCCACAUAUUCGAGUACAGGCCGAUGGCUCUUUGGUACAGGCAGAGCCUUCCGAAAAACCAUGGCGUAAUGUUAAAAAGGAAAGACGUGAAAAAUUACGCAAAAAAUUUAAUCACUUAGAUCAACAUUAAAAGGUUUUGUAUAAAAACAACAAAGAUUUAUAAUAGUUUUAUAUACUGCAAGUAUCUACGUUGGAAAAGUGAAGUUUUUUUUUUAAAUUAAGAUAAUUUUAAUUUAUAAUUAACUUUUUUAAAUAUGAUAAUCAUGAAUUGUAGUAAAAGUAAAA